AUGAGCUACUACUUCGCCAUCGUCGGCGCCCAGGACAACCCCCUCUUCGAGUACGAAUUCGGCACGUCCAAGCAGGGCGGCGACGGACACUCCCGGUUCUCAGACCAACUCCGCCCCCUGAACCAGUUCAUCCUCCACUCGAGCCUCGACAUCGCCGAGGAGGUGCAGUGGGCACAGGGGCAAAUGUACCUCAAGUGCAUCGACAAGUUCUUCAACAACUACAUAUCGUGCUUCGUCACGGGCGCCAACGUCAAAUUCCUCCUGCUCCACCAGCCCGUCGUGCCCACGUCCACGAGCUCGUCGCGAUCGUCGACUGCUAUUGGCGCCAACCCGACGAGUCCGGCGACCGAGGAGGCCAUCAAGAUGUUCUUCACCGAGGUCUACGAUAACUGGGUCAAGGCUGUCAUGAAUCCGUUUUACAGGGCAAACACCGACGUGGCGAGUCCCGUCUUCAGGGCGAGAGUUGCGGCCGCGGGGCGGAAAUAUUUGUAG